AUGUUCUCACGACGAAGCUUUGAACGCUUCUGUGUACUUAUUCUAGGCCUUGCUGCCACUGGCACUCUUGUUGAAGCUGGGCCCUGUGAUAUCUAUGCCUCCGGAAACACUCCCUGCAUCGCUGCACACAGCACUACUCGCGCCCUGUACAACGCCUACACCGGCGCACUCUACCAGGUUAAACGUGGCUCUGAUAGUACCACAACAGAUAUCUCGCCGCUUUCCGCUGGUGGGGUUGCAAAUGCCGCUGCUCAGGACAAAUUCUGUUCAGGCACAACCUGCUUGAUCACGAUCAUUUAUGACCAGUCUGGCCGCGGUAAUCAUCUCAAACAGGCGCCGCCCGGUGGCUUCAAAGGCCCCGAAGCGAAUGGCUACGAUAAUCUGGCCAGCGCGAUUGGUGCACCGGUCACGCUGAAUGGCAAGAAGGCGUACGGCGUGUUCAUGUCCCCUGGCACCGGCUAUAGCAACAACGCCCCUAGCGGCACGGCUGUAGGAGAUGCAGCAGAGGGCAUGUACGCAGUACUUGACGGAACACACUACAAUGGUGCCUGUUGCUUUGACUACGGCAACGCCGAGAUCAGCAGCACUGAUACGGGCAACGGUCACAUGGAGGCCAUCUACUAUGGCGACAACACUGUCUGGGGCUCCGGUGCCGGGAAGGGUCCUUGGAUCAUGGCUGAUCUUGAGAAUGGUCUGUUCUCUGGCUCGAGCCCUAAGAACAACGCUGGAGACCCAUCGAUCUCCCACCGGUUUGUAAACGCGGUUAUCAAGGGCGGGCCAAACAAGUGGGCCAUUCGUGGCGGUAAUGCUGCGUCUGGUUCCCUAUCAACAUACUACAAUGGCGCCCGCCCAAGUGUGUCCGGAUACAACCCCAUGAGCAAAGAGGGCGCUAUUAUUCUUGGCAUCGGCGGCGACAACAGCAACGGCGCCCAGGGCACCUUCUACGAGGGCGUCAUGACCUCAGGCUACCCAUCCGAUGCCACCGAGAACUCUGUACAGGCUGACAUCGUAGCGGCCAAGUACGCUACCGCACCACUGACUAGUGGGGCCCCGCUGACCGUCGGUUCCUCGAUCUCGCUACGGGCUACUACGUCUGGCUACACAACACGCUAUAUCGCACACACCGGCACUACCAUCAAUACCCAGGUCGUCUCGUCAUCCAGCACCACCGCCCUCAAGAAGCAGGCUAGUUGGACAGUUCGCGCUGGUCUUGCCAACAGCGAUUGUUUCUCGUUCGAGUCCGUCGAUACUCCGGGGAGCUUCAUCCGGCAUGCUGAGUUCGCACUCGUGCUUGCGGUCAACGAUGGCACGAAACUAGUCCACGAAGACGCCACAUUCUGCCCGCAGACCGGCCUCAAUGGCGAUACCACCUCAGUUCGAUCCUGGAGCUAUCCCACUCGCUAUUUCCGCCAUUACGAUAACGUGCUUUACAUUGCGAGCAACGGCGGUGUUCACACGUUCGAUUCCGCCGCUUCUUUCAACAGUGACGUGAGCUGGGUGAUUAGUGCCGGCUUUGCUUGA